GGGUUUAGGGUUUUAACCUAAUAAAAAAUAUCCAUUCAUUCUACUUGUUCAAAUUUGGCUCCACCGCCCCAAACCUAAACUGAGAAUCGCCUCCAUCCUCUGUGUAUCGACUAGUGCUCUCCACAACCGUCUCUCCUUCACUUCUUCGAUCAAAAGCUUCAAUGGUUGUUAAAGGCAAAAAGUUACAGAAGAAACCAAGCAGAAAGGAGCAAAGUAAGGAGUUUCUUUCUGUCAAGAGCAAAAAGAAAAAUGAUAUUUUGAGCGAGUCUGAUAUGGAAGACGAAGAAAUGGAGGAACAACAAAGUCUUGAUGGUGAUGGAGGGAAUUCUGGGUCUGAUUUGUCGUCCGAUGGGGAUGACACAUUUGCUGGCGAUGUUUUACAAGGCAGUGACGACGAAGAGAAGGGGUCAGGUUCAGAUUCGGAUUUGGAUUCUGAUGAUUCUGAUGUCGAGAAGAAAUCUAGGGCCAUUGACGAUGAGAAGGAGAGAGAAGAAAAAGAGGCUCUAGAUGAACUGCAGCUUAACAUCAAAGAACAACCUGAUGAGUUUCGAUUGCCCACACAAGAGGAACUUGAAGAGGAGGCUCGUGGACCCCCUGAUCUCACUGGUCUUAAACAAAGAAUAAAAGAGGUUGUUCGGGUGCUCUCAAAUUUUAGUUCUUUGAGGCAAGAGGGAGCAACACGAAAGCAGUAUAUAGAGCAACUUAAGAUGGAUUUAGGAUCAUAUUAUGGUUACAAUGAGUUCCUUAUUUCUUCAUUGGUUGAGAUGUUUCCACCUGUUGAACUUAUGGAACUAAUUGAAGCUUUUGAAAAGCCUCGUCCAAUUACCCUUCGUACCAACACAUUAAAGACACGGAGACGAGACUUAGCUGGUGUCUUGUUGAAUAGAGGUAUCAACUUAGAUCCGCUAAGCAAGUGGUCAAAGGUUGGCUUGGUUGUUUAUGAUCAUCAAGUGCCAUAUGGUGCAACCCCAGAAUAUAUGGCUGGUCAUUACAUGGUGCAAAGUGCAAGCUCUUUUCUACCUGUAAUGGCUCUCGCUCCUCAGGAGAAGGAACGAGUUGUUGACAUGGCGGCCUCUCCUGGUGGUAAAACGACUUACAUUGCAGCUCUCAUGAAAAACACUGGUAUAAUUUACGCUAAUGAGAUGAAGGAGCAGAGGCUCACUAAACUAACAUCAAAUUUACAACGUUUGGGUGUGACAAACACUGUAGUAUGCAGCUAUGAUGGGAGGGAGCUCCCCAAGGUUUUGGGACAUAACACAGCUGAUAGGGUUUUAUUGGAUGCCCCUUGCAGUGGUACUGGGGUGAUAUCUAAAGAUGAAUCUGUCAAAACCUCUAAAAAUGCUGUUGAUGUACAGAACUGUUCGCGUCUACAGAAGGAACUAAUACUUGCAGCAAUUGAUAUGGUGGAUGCAAAUUCAAAAUCAGGGGGUUAUGUGGUUUACUCAACAUGCUCUAUGAUGGUUAUCGAGAAUGAAGAUGUUAUAGACUAUGCACUCAAGAAGAGGGAUGUGAAACUUGUGCCAUGUGGAUUAGACUUUGGUCGCCCAGGGUUUGUUCGCUUUAGGGAACGCCGAUUUCAUCCGUCUUUGGAAAAAACGAGACGUUUCUAUCCACACGUUCAUAACAUGGAUGGUUUUUUUGUCGCAAAGUUGAAGAAAAUGAGUAAUUCGAAGGGAGUUCCAGCAGCAGCUUCUGAAGUAGAAGAAGUGGUUGAAGAAGGUUCUGAGAUUGAACCUAGCACCACAGAGAAUCCUGAAGCGGAAAUUCCUAAGCCUCAGAGGAAAGAGAUGUUGAAAAAAGGGAAUAAAAGCUCAACAACAAAUAACGGUUCUCUUAAAAGAAAGAACGAAGAGAAACCUGCCCCCAAAGAGAAGAGGAAGAAAUUCAAACCUCUUCCUAGAGAAGAGAUCUCGAAGGCCAGGGAAGAUAAAAGACAAGCAUUGAGAGAAGCCAAGAAGAAAGCUACCACAAAAUCCGCAAGCAAGAAAGCUAGACCUGGGGUAUGAUCCGUUUUCGCACUUGCGUUAUCGUAUACAUGCUGCCCGGGCCAAAAUUUUCAGUAGCGCGUAUUCUUUACUGAAUUUGUUGUGUGAUCGUGUUGAUGGGAUAACAAAUCAUAGGUUUUUUGUGGCUCAAAAGGAGUUGCAACUGGAGGUUUUCUAGCAAAUCAUUUUCAACUGAGUCACAUUUUUGGUAGUAUCACUGUCAGACGGACUUUUUUUUUGUUUCUUGUUAUUUAUUUAUGAUAGAAGUUUAUAUUCAGGUUAUUGAUUUGAGUUUUUUUUGU